AUGGUUAGCAAGAGGAAGCGAACUCUCGAGGAGUUCGAUCCUAAUAAAUCGGAUCCGGAAGAUGAAAAUUUCGACCCGGUAGAGGCACGACCUAGCCGAAGCUCCAAGAAAACUCGCCAGUCCAGAAAUCUGAAACCAGGACAGAAGAGGACCAACCGUUAUCGCGGUUCUGACAUUGACGAUGACGAAGACCAGUUAUCCGAUAGCGAAGAAGACUCUUUUGCUGAGGGCACCGAGGAAUCGGAUGAAGAAGCGCCCAGGAAUGCGGCCGGGCGGCGGGCCAGGAAAGUGGCAGUCAAACAGCAAAAUUAUAAGGAGAGCAGCGAAGACGAGGAUGAGGAAGUUGGAGAAAAAGAAGAGGAAGGGGAUCCCGAUGAGUUAGACGAUGUUCCCCUCAAGCCAUCGAAGCGGGAAGCUUCAAGGAUGGUCAAGCUCAAGGUCUCUCGUACGGCCUUGGCCCAGACGCGUAGGACUCGGGCAAACACUGAAGAUGCUGAAGAGUUUAUGGAGCUGUCCACUUCCGGCCGACACGCUGUUCCAUCUCGAGAAUCACAAAGCAAAAGCCCCGAGGCUGCUGCACGAAAUAUCAGGGCCACCCGCGCUGCCAAGGGGGUGAAGAAAGCCCCCGAGCCAAUUUUGGAGGCUUCCCAUGAGAGUAGCUUCCCAGAGAAAGUGGACGCCGACGAACCCGAUGAGCUCUCGCAACAUUCGCCAAAUCAUGAGAAGCUGGAAGAAAUUGAUUCUGAUAUGCCGGAUGCUGUUAAGGAGGCCAACGAGGACGAAGAGGCCCCAGCGGACAAUUCCGCUGCAGUGAAGCAGGACGAGGUCGAUGAUGACGAGGAUGACGAUGACGUACCCACCACUCGGAGGACCAGAAGCUCUCGAGCUGCUGCUGCGGCUUCUACAGAGGAUGCCGUCGAAACCACCGAGGCCGUUGACGCUGAGGCUGCAGCCGACGAAGGGUCGGAUGCCGGUGGUGCUCGCCGCUCUCGCCGGCUAGCGAGAGGCACCAAAAAAUCCACUCAAGAACCUAGUAGCGACUUUGAGCCUGGUGAUGAUUCCGACGACGCUGAAAUCUCCGAUAAAGAGAAAAACGGGAAUCAACACGAUGUUAUAGACAGCCCAACGCCUCGAGGGAGACCAACCCGAUCCCGCGGCCGUACCUCUCGCCGCCGGAACUCGUCCGCUGAUGAGGAGCCUGAUUUCGACUUGGAUGAGCUCAACGAAGAAGCCCGCGAGCUGAGACGCUCAUCUAGGCCGCAUAGAAAGGCCCGGACAGAGUCCCCCAUUGUCUACCAGGAAGGCUCCCGUAAGCGAAAUAAGGUGAACUAUUACAUGCCUCCAUUGACUGCAGUCAACAUCGAAGAAGAAGCAGAAGAUCCUGCACCUACUCCGGCCCGCAAUCGUAGACGAGGCGGCGGUGGUGUUGGUUGGGAUAGGAAUCUCAACACCACAUACGGUCCCUUUGGCGGCGGCGGCGAUGUUGGGUCUCUGCUUGGCGGCCCAUGGGGGACUGGCGCCACUGGCGGAGUCGACUCGGAUAGCAGUGAUGAUGAGAUGACACACAGAUCCACUGCCGCAGGAAACGUUGGUAUGACGCCGACGUCUGCAGUUCCAGCUGGUGGCCUCGUAUCUGGUGGGCAGGGACAUGGCGUCGAUGCUACACCCAACGUCGGCAAGAUCAAAGACCGCAAAGCGCUUGCCGAUGCUGAUCCUCUAGGUGUGGAUCUAAACGUCGACUUCAGCAAGGUCGGUGGUUUGCAAGGCCACAUCGAUCAACUCAAGGAGAUGGUUCAGCUGCCUCUGCUGUAUCCUGAACUCUUCACGAGAUUCCAUGUUACACCGCCUCGCGGUGUCUUGUUCCAUGGCCCACCGGGUACGGGUAAAACGCUGCUCGCUCGUGCCCUAGCUAAUUCGGUUGGCGCUGGCGGCAAGAAGAUCUCAUUCUAUAUGCGCAAGGGUGCUGAUGCGCUCAGCAAAUGGGUUGGCGAGGCUGAAAAGCAACUUCGCUUGCUCUUUGAGGAAGCGAGGAAGACCCAGCCCAGCAUCAUCUUCUUUGAUGAGAUUGACGGACUGGCGCCGGUCAGAUCGAGCAAGCAAGAACAAAUCCAUGCCUCUAUUGUCUCGACCCUAUUGGCCCUGAUGGACGGCAUGGAUGGACGUGGACAAGUCAUCGUCAUCGGUGCCACCAACCGACCGGAUAACAUUGACCCUGCUCUUCGACGACCCGGACGAUUUGAUAGAGAAUUCUACUUUCCUCUUCCCGACCUCGAGGGGCGUCGUUCCAUCCUUAACAUCCACACGCAAGACUGGGGCCUGUCGGAUGACUUCAUGCGGUCCCUGGCCGAAAACACCAAGGGCUAUGGUGGUGCUGAUUUGAGAGCUCUCUGUACUGAAGCGUCACUCAACGCUAUCCAACGAACAUACCCACAGAUUUACUCCUCUACAGAGAAACUGCUUGUCGACCCUGCCAAAAUCUCGGUCCAUGCCUCCGAUUUCAUGAUCUCCAUCAAGAAGCUGAUACCUUCGUCGGAGCGUUCUGCGACGUCGGGAGCACGCCCCCUUCCAAACUCUAUUGCGCCUCUGCUCCGUGAACAGUUUGACGAAGCCAAGCGGGCUCUUGAUCUGCUCUUGCCUCAGAGAAAGAAGACGACUGCAUUGGAAGAGGCCAUUUUGAACGCUCUCGGGUCUUCCGGCCCCGAUUUCUCAUCUCAGGUGCUCAUGGCAUGGGCCAAGGCUAUAUCUCGUCUGCCAUCCUCCAUCACUUUGAAGGAAUUCACGUACAGAACUUUGACCUUCCCGCCCUCCUCAAUGACGGACGAGUAA